AAUUUUCGAACCUUACAUCGUCCACAUUCCAUUGAAUAUCUACCUACUUACAUAGCUUCACUCUAACCUACCCUUUGGACAUCAGAGAAAACCAUGAAACCUUUUAUAGUUUGAAUUUAACUUAUUAGAACAUGAAUGACAAGCUUUUUUCUCACUUGAUAAUGGCACAUUUCUUGUCAGGGUGGUGGAGUGUCCUAGGCGAAAAUUCCAAUGACGACGACGAUACACUUGAUUCUAAGGAUUUGAGAGUUCUAAAAAUGGUCACAGACAAUCCAGACCUGUACAAAGUGUUACGGGACAGGUUGAUUAGUUUAAAUACAUUCAAGGAGUUAUAUUUUAAUGAAGAGGGUGAAAACAGGAAUUAUUAUGCGGGAAAUUUUGGCUACCUGAAAUAUGUACAAGGGAUCAAAAUACGCGACUGGAUUGUUGAUCUAGAAAACAAAUUUCCGAAUUGGUUGAUGCAUCUUGAAGUCGAUCGUUUCAUUAAAUGGGUACUAGCUCUAAAAUUCGUCGAAGGACCUAUUUUCGAUGAUCUGCGAAAUCGCAUAAAAAAAUGCACUGUAUUAAACGCGGAGGAAUUUGCUAAUGAAAUGGAUUCGAUGUUCGAAGAAACGACAUCUUUAUUUGCUGGCAAUUUGCCCGGAAUCCCCAUACCAAAGCACAAUGAAAUACUACAUUUAUGCAAAAUAAUGUCCAGGGGCAAAGAAGAAAGAGAAGCUGCGUGCAAUAUCCUAUUAAGUACUAUCUCUGGUGAUAGAAUUAAGGUCCCUACAACAAGUAAUAUAUCUUCUUCGAUUGCUGAUACUUACCCUUCAAAAUUUUAUGUGAUUAUCACAGCAUGUAAAAAAAUGUAUCUCACGGAUGCUGAAAUUGUUUUUGAUGAUGUCUUACAAAAAGUAGAAAGUGAUUCGGAAUUUAUAAACCAUAACUGCACCAUAUUAGAAAAUUUUCUAGUGAAUCGUAUUCAAACAGAUGAUACACAGAAUGAACAAAAACAAAAAACUACUUUACCCGCCGUAAUUAUUCGAAUAGGUUUCCCAAUAAAUUUACGAGUUACAUCCCCUGAAGAACGAAAGCAAAAUAAAUUGAUUCUUGAUUCUGUGAUGAAUUCUAUAAGAACUGACCUACAACAAAUAGUACCGCAAUCUGAUGGAAACAUUUUUAUCGUGUAUGAAUUUAUAUCUCACGAAUGGUUCAGGUCUUUUGUUAAUCCAUCAAAGAAAAAGAGAUGAAUCCGGCGAACUUGCUAAAUCCGAAGAUAAAAGAAUCUUAAAUGGCCAAUUAGGUUAAACUGACGAUUCCUACUACACAAAAAUUAAAAACUAACAGCAAGACCACCAACCAGCGAACCAGCCGCUCAUUCAGCCAUCUCCUCUGUUCCUAUAAUUCCCACUUGAUAGAAUGAUCAGGAAAUACUUAAACUUGUAACAGAGAACCCAGGUCUGCAUCGAGCAUUUCGGGAAAACUUGAUAGUUGGAAAACUAAAACAGGAUUUAAAUUUUUUCAAGGGGUUAUACAAUGAUGAAAAGCAAAAAAACAUGGAUAAUGGAGCAUUACAUACUGGCUAUCUCAAAUAUGUACAAGGGAUCAAGAUACAUGACUGGAUUGUUGAUCUAGAAACAAAAUUUCCGAUAUGGUUGAGUGAUCUUGAAGUCGAUCGUUUCAUUAAAUGGGUCUUAGCUCUAAAAUUUGUCGAAGGUCCUAUUUUCGAUGAUAUACGAAAUCGCAUCAAAAAAUUUAAUAUAAAAGUGGAGGAAUUUGCUAAUGAAAUGGAUUCAAUGUUCGAAGAAACGACAUCUUUAUUUGCUGGCAAUUUGCCCGGAAUCCCCAUACCAAAGCACAAUGAAAUAUUACAUUUAUGCGAAAUAAUUUCCAGAGGCAAAGAAGAAAUAAGAAAAGCAGCGUGCAAUAUCCUAUUAAGUACUAUCUCCGGUGAUAGAAUUCAGGUUUCUACAUGUAACAAAGCUUCUUCAACUGCUGAUACUUACCCUACAAAAUGUUAUGUGAUUAUCACAGAAUAUAAAACAUUGUAUACCGAUGCUGAAAUUGGUUUUAAUGAUGUUUUACAAAAAGUAAAAAGUAAUUCGGAAUUCAAACAGCAAAAUUGCAGCAUAGGUACUAGAAAAUUUUAUUGUGCAUCGUAGUCAAAUAGAUGAUACACACUAUGGACAAAGACAGAAAACUAAUUUACCCACCAUAGUUAUUAGAAUAGGUUUCCCGUUAAAUUUACGAGGCACAUCCUCUAAAAAAUUGAAGGAAAAUUAUCCAAAAUAUGAGUCCGUUAAGGAUGCUAUAAGGACUGACCUACAACAAUUAGUACCAAAAUCUGAUGGGAACAUUUUUGUAAAGGAUGAAUUUAUAUCUUACGAAUGGGCCAUGGCUGAUUCCGCAGGAAAAGGAGACCCAAAGGACCCAUCACGUUAAACUGAAUGAUGUUUACACAUGACAAGGAGUGAAAAUUACCAGAAAGACCACCAACUAGCCACUCAAUCAGCCAUAUCUUCUGUUCCUACAAUUCCCACUAAAUAUUAGUCCCCAAUUUUUAGUUCUUUUUUUGGAAACCUAUUAUUGUUUGAAAGUAUCUUUGUUACUAUAAUUUCUACAGUCCCACUAUAUUGUUAUGUGCCAUUCUCUCGCUUAUCAGUACCUAAUCAUUAGGUAGAAUAUUGAGUGUUUUGAGAAAAUUUUUUUUAAAGUAAUAAUAUUUCCUGAAAAAAAUGUUUACCUAUGACA